AUGGUUGGCAAAGUCAGCGAGCGCGUCCUCCUGAGGGAAGGGCUGGAACGUACCGACAAUGGGAUGAAGCAGACGAGCUGGCCGGAAGUCACGCCAAUCAACCAGAAGAACUACUACACGGAGUACAUGAAGCGGGAUGACCAGAUCCUCGCGCUCCGGAUGCAGAACGAUGCGACGCAACCGCGGCGAGAUGCCGCUUCUGCUCCCGGAACAGCAGGCGGGCGACUUUUUCCGCUGCCGACGGACGGCAUCGACAUUUCCAAGAUCAUUGUGAUUCACCCGGGCAGCCAGUACCUGCGGAUCGGCUUCUCGACGGACGUACUGCCCAAGACGGUGCCGAUGUGUCUGGCGACGCAAUUCGACCACACUGAGUCGGACGAGGCGGAGGCGCUGCCACGACGACAACGGGAGGCAGCCAAGACCGAGCAGCAGUAUGGCGAGGAGUGGUCAAAGAAGUACAAGAAGAUGAGUGAGGACCUGAAGCAGGACAUGCGGCAGAACAAGCGCAAGGUGCUGCCCAACUCCAAGGAGCUGGUGAUCAACUACAAUCGGCGGACGGAGGCCGAGGUGAUCGCCACGCACAACGACCCGCUGCAGGUCGAGUGGACGGACGUGAACGCGAUACGGACGCCAGCCUUGCUUGAGGGCGGCGCGGCGGAGACGGUGACGGCGACAGACACGGAGACAACAGCGACGAAAACAGGGGCGCCGGCUUCGUCACCACCAUCGGCACCUACCGCGUUCUACGGACAGGAAGCGCUGCGAAUUCCCGACGACUCGAACCCGACGUUCCGGCUGCGGUGGCCGAUGCAGCACGGCUGGCUGAACGAGGACGACUACGGCAGCGUCAGCAGCCUGUACAGCGACUUUGAGGCGAUCGUGACGCACGCGAUCCUGCAGGAGCUCGGGCUGCAGCGGGUGUCGUCGUGCCGGCAGUACAGCUGCGUGUUCGUGGUGCCGGACCUCUACGACAAGGCGUACGUGGAGAUGCUGCUGCGGCUGUGCAUGACCUGGUUCGAGUUUGGCAAGGUGUGCUUCAUCCAGGAGAGCUACGCGGCCACGUGCGGAGCCGGCUACAGCCAGGGCUGCGUCGUCGACGUGGGCGCGCAGAAGACGUCGGUGGCCUGUGUCGAAGACGGACUGGUGGUCGAGGAAUCGCGCGUAAACGUCAAGUACGGCGGCCGCGACGUGACCGAGGCCUUUGUCAAGAUGCUGCUCUUCGACCACUUUCCCUACCAGGACAUCAACCUGCGCCGCCGCUACGACUUCCUCCUGGCUGAGGAGCUCAAGCUGAAGCACUGCACCAUGAACGAGGCCGACGUGUCCGUCCAGCUGUACCAGUUCCACCUGCGGGCUCCCCACCAGCCGACGUACCGCUACCAGUUCAAGACGUACGACGAGGUCCUCCUGGCGCCGCUGGGCCUGUAUGAGCCGGCCAUCUUCGACAGCAGCACCAAGCUGCGCGGCCGCCGCAAGCUGAUCGACCGCACCUACAACGCCUAUGAUGUCGAUAUUCCCGACGAUCCGGUCUCGUCCGCCCAGGUCGCCAUCCUGGCCCUCGAUCAUCCAUCUGUGCUGCCGCCUGCGCUGGCCACCAACGGUCCCCGUUUCGGCACGCCCGGACCUGGUGGCACCGGUGCAGACGCCAUCUCGACUCCGAGCAAAGAUCGCACGCAGCCGUUCAGCUUUCUGUCCCGCGAUCUUGCCGGCGGCGGCGGUGCCACGCCCUCUACGUCCAAGGCCCCGUCUCCCGCCCCUGAGGGCACCAGCACACCCGUGCCGGCACCGUAUGUUUUUGGUGCUGGUCGCGACACCGUCAACAACGGCGCGGCCAGCCCGGCGCCCAGUGGAUCGGCUGCCGCCACAAGCACCCCAGCCACAGGUGGCGCACCAGGCACCGCCACAGCCACAGCCACAGUGGGGGCUCCGGCGCCCGGCCUCAACGGCCUCAACGGCCUCUUUCCCAUGGACCCGCUCUUCCACCGGACGGCCAAGGAGAUCGCGGCCGAGCGUGACUCGGUGCUGCCAGUGGCGCCGCUCGACAUUGCCAUCAUGACGUCGAUCCAGAACGCGGCCAAAGGCGACGAGCGCAAGCUCAAAGACUUUCUCGGCUCCAUCAUGGUGGUGGGUGGCGGCGCCAAGACUCCGCACUUUACCACCUACCUCGAGGAGCGGCUCAAGGCCCGCCGUGCGGACCUGGUCGAUCGCAUCCUGGUCUCGCGCAGCGCCCGCGACAUGGACGAGCAGGUCGUCGUCUGGAAGGGCGCCAGCGUGUUCGCCAAGCUGACUACCAACGAUAGCUGGAUCACCCCGUUCGAGUACUCCUUCCUGGGGCCACGCAUUCUGCACCACAAGGUGCUGUGGCAGUGGUGA